AUGCUUGGUCCAAUUUUUAGAUUCGCCCAUCAAAUACCAAAACAAUUGGACCUAGUGAUUGAUUACUACUCUGUGGAUGAUUUGCCCCGAGAACUCCACGAAUGGACAUUUCAAUUAGUGAAAACAAACCUGCAGGACAUGUAUGAAAGAUCAAAAGAUGGAUGGGAUGAAGAAGAAAAGAGAAAAGAAAUGCUGGCACCUCAAGCUCGUUAUUUGAUUGCUCGAUCAGCGAUAGAUCCCAAUGAUAUCAAAGGGUUUUUACACUUUCAAAUGGUGCAGGAGGAGACUAUGGAUGAUGAUAUUAUGGCAAAUUGUGCAUAUUGCUACGAGAUUCAAAUAACUGAAAGUGCCAGAGGCCAAGGCCUAGGCGAACAUAUGAUGAAUUUAUUGAGCCAGAUUGGAUCCUACUGGAAAAUGGAUAAAGUGAUGUUGACAGUUUUCAAAGCAAAUGAAGGCGCAUUCAAAUUUUACAUGAAAAAACUAGGAUUUGAGCUUGAUGAAAUAUCCCCUGGUGCCUGCUUGCCACUAUACAAAGCGAGGAAAUUUGAUUAUGAAUUGCUGAGCAAGCCAUGUAUUUGA